UCUUCUCUCUGCUCAUAACAUUAGCAGGACUGCAGAGAGUCACCUCCACACACUUGUUGGCGUCCGCAUUUGAAGCAAUUUUCUCCUGCAUGUCAUCAUCAUGCGUUGGAUGCUAGCUGGAUGCUGUGGGCUUGCUUUGAUCAGUAUAUCAGUUGUCCUAGGCAGCACCCUGGAGAUCACACAGAAGCCCCGCUUUUAUGGUGUGUUUGUCAACAGCAAAAUGAUCAUUUACUGUCGGACCACAACGGCGUACACGGGGCAGCCAAAGUGGUACAAGGUCAAUAAAUAUGACGCGGAGCCUGAAGACAGAGUAGAGCUAGAACAAAGUCGGAGUAUUACCUUUGAAAGGAAGUUCAGCAACAGCAGUGCCCAUCUCAUCAUGUACAAUGCACAACUAGAAGACAGCGGAGUGUACUUCUGCAAAAUACACGAAACAUGGGGACCUGGAACUGAAGUACAAGUAGCCAGAAAGGUUGAUCUAUCCCUGCUACAAUACAGAAGCAAACUGAAGGAUGGUUUCAUCAUCAUCCAGGGCCUAAUGUUGGCUGUGUGUAUCGCUGCUAUACUGUUUCGCAAACAUCAGCUGUUGGAAAAGAGGGACAGCAUAUAUGAGGAGCCUGAAACCGACCACAUCUAUGAGGGCUUGGCAAUCGAGACGUGUGGAGGAGGUCUGUAUGAGGAACUCACCGCAUACACUCAGCCCGACGGAGCUGAGGCCCCAUGGGAGUGAGGCUGACGCAACUGAACUACUGUUCUCCCCCUACACCCUCUCAAUAAGUAUCAGUUAUAUGUGUCCCUAAUUAGACGCUGUACAUUGAAAAAUAACAGGUUUUUGUCAAAGUAGAGAUGUGUUCCGCAUGCUUAUCUAAAAUGCUUAAUACGCUGUUGAUUUUGCAGUUUAGUAAUAGUAGGUUGGAUUUAUCUGUUGAUGCUGAACUAUCAGCUGACAGUUUUGGUGCUUCAGUGGUUUUCUUUUGCACUGAUCAACCAUAAUAUUAUGACUGACUGGUCAUAAUUGCAGGGCAAACAGAAAAUCUUUGAUUAUCUUGUUACUGUGGCACCUGUCAUUGUUUUGGAGGCACGAGGGAGACCGACAAAUUAUUAGGAGGGUUGGUCAUAAUGUUAUGACUGAUCAGUAUAUAUGGCACCGGCAUGCAAUGUUGCCUUGGCCUGCAACAAUAUGCACAGAGUUGUAUGUGUCAAAGUAACAUCUAUAUGAACACAGCAUACAUCAUAAUGAGAUCAUCGGCGUUAUUCACCGGUUGGUGGUUUUAAUGUUAUGGCGGAUUGGUGCAGAAAUUGUGUAUAGUUUUUGUAUUGUGCUAACAUGAGUAUUUGAUAUCUACAUUUUCUUGUCCUUCACUGUUUAUUUUAACAAUCUGUACGUCGUCCGUUUAUGUGUCAAAAAUAAAAACAACAAACAUGGUUCCAUUUGCUGUA